GAAAAACAGCAUGGCAGCCCUAGAGCUUGCGUUUUGUACACAUUACGGUAGCAAGUAACGUUUUUUUUCUGUGAAACAACUAAAGACGAAAUAAUAAUUGUAGUACAGUUGGAGCUGGAGAACUGACAAUGCCUCGCUACGCGCAGCUCGUGAUGGGUCCUGCCGGAAGUGGAAAGAGUACAUACUGUGCCACAAUGUUAGAGCAUUGCCAGGCCCUCAACCGAUCUGUACAGGUGGUGAAUCUGGAUCCAGCCGCAGAGCAUUUCGAGUAUCCUGUCAUGGCAGAUAUCCGAGAACUGAUCCAGGUAGAUGACGUUAUGGAGGAUGACUCGCUGAGAUUCGGCCCCAAUGGAGGACUGAUCUUCUGUAUGGAGUACUUCUCCAACAACUUUGACUGGCUGGAGGAGAGUCUCGGUCACGUGGAGGAUGACUAUAUACUGUUUGAUUGCCCUGGUCAGAUCGAGCUCUACACUCAUCUGCCUGUUAUGAAGCAGCUGGUGGAGCAACUGCAGCAAUGGGAGUUUCGUGUGUGUGGCGUCUUUCUGGUUGACUCACAGUUUAUGGUUGAGACGUUUAAGUUUAUCUCUGGAGUUAUGGCUGCUUUGAGUGCCAUGGUGAUGCUAGAAAUCCCACAAGUCAACAUAAUGACGAAAAUGGAUCUACUUAGUCCAAAGGCCAAGAAGGAAAUAGAAAAGUAUCUGGACCCAGAUAUGUACUCAAUGAUGGAGGACAAUUCUGUUGCUUUGAGAAGCAAGAAAUUCAGCAAGUUAACCAAGGCCAUAUGUGGUUUGAUUGAUGACUACAGUAUGGUUCGCUUCCUGCCCUUCGAUCGCACUGAUGAGGAGGGCAUCAACAUUGUCCUGCAGCACAUUGAUUUCUCCAUACAGUAUGGGGAAGACCUGGAGGUCAAAGAGCCCAAGGAAGUAGAUGAGGAACCCAGCAAUUCCAAUUUUGAUGCGUUCUUCCAAGACACAGCAGAUUCUUGAGCUAAGAGCCAGUUCACACUUAGUUUCUUUAUAUUUUGUCAUGAUGUCAUUGUUUGAAGGAUGAAACAAUAACCUGUGCUAUGCAGAGUUUUAUCAAAUAUUGUUCAUUUUUAGAACUGUAUAUUUAUUUUUGCAAUAAAAAAUAUGGAAAUUU